UCAGCGGAAGUAGAUGUAAACAUGUGAUUGUCAAUCGGAGCGUUUGGUCCAGUUUUGCUUCUGUUAUGCGCCUGUGAAAUUCAGUAUGCUUGACUCAAAUAAAUGUGCUUGAAAAAAUAUUUAAAGAAUCUGUUGAUAACCUUGAAGAACUGAAUCUUAGACUGCGGCGUUUUUUCGGAAGUCGAUCAUUUUGGCUAACAUUUAGCAUUUGUGUUCAUACAAAUACAGCAUGUAUAUGUAACGCAGUGUUUAUUAGUAUUGCUUCAAAUAAGUGUCCAUGGCAUCCAAACAGCCAUUUACAGAUUCUGACACUGCUGAUGAAGCAGUCAGAGCAACUUGCGACGAUGCAUCGAUAUGCAAAAGGUUUGCUACCAGUAAAGGUUACUGGACUGACCUCUACGUCCAGUAUUUUGUGAGACAACUAGGUGAACGUAAAGCACCUGAGAUCAACAGAGGUUAUUAUGGUCGUGUCAGCGGGAUGAAUCUUCUUAUUGAUGCUUUUCUCAAGAAGACGCAAUGUGAUUGUCAGGUGGUGAAUCUUGGGGCAGGACUGGAUACUACUUUUUGGAGAUUAAAGGAUGAAAACAUUAUGCCAAAAAAGUUCUUCGAAGUUGACUUCCCAAUGAUUGUUGCCAGAAAAAUACACCACAUCAAGACGAAACCUCCACUAUCAAAACCUUUGAUUGAAACCCACUCCACUGAUUCACUCCUUCUGGAUGGUCACAGCCUGGACUCGGACAGAUAUUGUAUCAUCAGUGCUGAUCUAAGAGACCUUCCUGCUUUAGAGGAGAAACUAAAAAAGUUCCAUAUAAAUCCAGAGUUGCCCACUCUGUUUCUGUCCGAGUGUGUACUGGUGUACAUGACCCCUGAGCAGUCCUCCAACCUGGUGCACUGGAUCGCAGACACCUUCUCCACGGCCAUGUUCAUUAACUACGAACAGGUGAACAUGAACGAUCGCUUUGGGCAGAUCAUGAUUGAGAAUCUGCAGAGACGACAGUGCAAUCUGGCUGGGGUGAAUGUGUGUCAGUCUCUGGACUCUCAAAAGGAGCGCUUUCUGUCAGCAGGCUGGGAAAGUGUAAACGCACUGGACAUGAUGACGGUCUACAGCAUGCUUCCUCAGGAAGAUGUAGCUAGAAUUGAGCGUCUAGAGUUUUUAGAUGAAAAGGAACUUCUCCAACAGCUUCUACAACACUACUGCAUCUGCUGGGCCGUAAAAGAUAAGCUCAAUCUAGGCCUCUCGCAAAUUGGGUUUUAAAUGUCAGUAGGGACUUGGUUGUAAAAGUUUCAUUUGAAACGACAACACCAAGAGUGCACAGGACGAUCUUCUUGACGCUUUUCAGAGGACAGGAAGGGGAAGUCAUUUAUAUCUUUAUCUCCAUUUUUGAGCGCAAUAAAAAUGGAGACUACUGGCAUCAGCGUCUUUUCUUCUGUUUUACUUGUCUCCUGUCUCCCAUGUGAUUGAUGUGUCUCACUAAAGUGCCAUAUUAAUUCAGGCACGUUUUACAAAUGUAUAGCAUAGCUGUUAUUAAACAAUCGUGAAACAUUCAUAAGAUGAAUUAUUUUGUUAGCUAUAUGAAUAGUAAUGGGUUUUUGUAAAAGCACUGAAUAUUCAUGAACGGUGAUGAAUGAAGACAAUUAAGAGUAUAAAAUUAUUGUUAAGUGCAUGAUUUUAUUGUUGCACUUUAAUUUGAAACCAUUUUACACAAUCUGCAUUAAAAUUCAAAUCCUAGGCGGAGAGAUGCCCUUGUCAAACCA